GACCGACUGUUGAAGAGUUUCGAUUUCGAGUUUGGAUUUUGCAUCCCAAAUUCUAAAAAUACCUGUGAACACAUCUACGAGUUUCCUCAUCUCAGUCCUGAAUUAGUGAGAGAAAUGGUGGAAAGCCCAUACGAGACUCGCUCGGAUAGCUUCUAUUUCGUGGAUGACCAACUCAUAAUGCAUAACAAAGCUGAUUACUCUUACGACGGGUAA